ACCGAGGAGUCCGUCUUCUCCGUUUCCUCCUGACUCUGCUGCUUUUCGCUGAACUACAUCGGCCGAACUAAGCGUAUACCGUAACUAUAUGCCAGACGAUGCACUGAGGGUGGUUUGUGAUAAAGACCACCCACUAUGCAGUGCUUGUGCCCGAUGCACAGCUUGUAGGUAUCUGUUUGGUAGGUUAUAGAAAAUCCAGAUAUCAGGAAGCUGAAGAAAAGAGAACUGUGAGAGCAGACAUACAGGAGGCCACGGUUCCCCCUCUCACACACACACACAUCACCACGGCCUUGAUGGUGAUGUAUGCAAGGAAACCAGCAAGAGUCAGCGAUGGGUGCAACGACAGAAGGGAUUCACAAUCCUAUCAGACCCAUAAAUCUCAGCCAAAGAGCCAAUCCAGCAGCCUUCACCGCUAUGACAAGGUGCGCGAUGGCUCAUCAGACCCCACGCCCCCUUACAAGAUGCUGCGACGCUCUGACGAAAGUCCUGUCAGCAGACAUGGAGACGGCGCGGGGCAUGGCAAGGCAAAAACCUCUCACACGGUUAGAGGAAAAAAUGGGACCAGCGGCUCUCCUCAGGAGAACUCUCACAACAACAGCUCCCACCAUGCCUCCGACUCGCAUGCGACUCAGAGCAAGCCUGCAGACAGGCACCAGGAGCCGUCAGAUGACUGGACAGAACACAUCAGCUCCUCUGGGAAGAAGUACUACUACAACUGUAGAACUGAGGUCUCCCAGUGGGAGAAGCCCAAGGACCUGCUGGAGAGGGAACAACGGCAGAAAGACCCAGUCAAGAUGCCGGCGAACAGUUUCCCCCGGGACAUGGACUACAGACAAGAGGCCUUGCAGGACAAAGCCUCAACAAAGGCCACAUCAGGGGACCAGUCCACAGCGUCCAACUCCGGCCAUUCCUCCUCUUCCUCUUCUUCUCAGAGCCUGAACUCUGCUCCUGGUGCUUUAGGCUCCACCCCCUCCGCCAUGUCCUCCUCCACCUCCUCUUCCUCCUCCUCGGGCCAGGUGCCUCCGUCUGUCCAGUCCCCCUCCCCGGCGCUGCUGCAGGACCCCGCCCUCCUCCACCAGCUGCUGCCUGCGCUGCAGGCCACUCUGCAGAUGAACAACGGCAACAUGGACAUGGCCAAACUCAACGAGGUCUUGGCAGCUGCCGUUACCCAAGCUUCCUUGCGGUCUGUGCUUCAUAAGCUCCUCACUGCUGGACCGGCUUUCAACAUCACUGCUCUGCUGUCCGCCGCUCAGCACUCCAACCAAG